AUGCCAGAUGAAACAAAUUUUACAAUAGAAGAUAUUGAGCCUAGGCCUGAUGCCCUUCGAGGUUUGGACACCCAGUUCCUUCAAGACAACACAGCAUUAGUACAAGCAUAUCGUGGUUUAGACUGGUCAGAUAUUUCUUCGUUGACCCAAAUGGUAGAUGUUAUAGAGCAAACAGUGGUUAAAUAUGGCAAUCCAAAUGAUUCAAUCAAAUUGGCCUUGGAAACUAUUUUAUGGCAAAUAUUGCGUAAGUACCCUUUAUUGUUUGGAUUUUGGAAGAGGUUUGCUACUAUUGAGUACCAGUUAUUUGGUCUCAAGAAAUCGAUUGCUGUUCUGGCCACCUCGGUCAAAUGGUUCCCAACUUCUCUGGAGUUAUGGUGUGAUUAUUUGAAUGUGUUGUGUGUUAAUAACCCGAACGAAACGGAUUUUAUUAGGAAUAAUUUUGAAAUUGCAAAGGAUCUUAUUGGCAAGCAGUUUCUAUCACACCCUUUUUGGGACAAGUUUAUAGAAUUUGAAGUUGGGCAGAAGAAUUGGCAUAACGUUCAAAGAAUAUACGAGUACAUUAUUGAAGUUCCUCUACAUCAGUAUGCGCGGUUUUUCACAUCUUACAAGAAGUUUUUAAAUGAAAAAAAUUUGAAGACAACAAGGAAUAUUGAUAUAGUUUUACGAAAAACACAAACAACAGUAAAUGAAAUUUGGCAGUUCGAAUCGAAAAUCAAACAGCCCUUCUUCAACCUGGGCCAAGUGUUAAAUGAUGAUUUGGAAAAUUGGUCGCGAUAUUUAAAAUUUGUGACGGAUCCUUCAAAAUCCUUGGAUAAAGAAUUCGUAAUGUCCGUUUUUGACAGAUGUUUGAUUCCUUGUCUUUACCAUGAAAAUACGUGGAUGAUGUAUAUUAAGUGGCUAACAAAGAAAAAUAUAUCCGAUGAAGUGGUAGUGGAUAUAUACCAAAAAGCCAAUACGUUCUUACCACUGGAUUUCAAAACUUUGAGGUAUGAUUUUCUUAGGUUUUUGAAAAGAAAAUAUCGGUCAAAUAAUACCUUAUUCAAUAACAUAUUCAAUGAGACAGUAUCGCGUUAUUUAAAGAUUUGGCCCAACGACAUAUUACUUAUGACGGAGUACCUUUGUAUGUUGAAAAGACAUUCUUUUAAGAAUUCCUUAGAUCAAUCGCCAAAGGAAAUUCUAGAGAAACAAACAUCGUUUACUAAAAUCCUAGAGACAUCAAUCACCAACUACAUCAAUAAUCAAAUUGAUGCCAAGGUGCAUUUACAGACCUUAAUAAAUGAUAAAAACUUAAGCAUAGUCGUGGUAGAAUUGAUAAAAACUACAUGGCUUGUACUUAAAAAUAAUAUGCAAACAAGGAAAUAUUUCAACCUUUAUCAAAAAAACAUCCUCAUUAAAAAUUCUGUACCGUUCUGGUUAACUUACUACAAAUUUGAAAAGAGUAAUGUAAAUUUUACCAAGCUGAAUAAAUUCAUUAGGGAGCUUGGGGUAGAAAUAUACUUGCCGACUACAGUAAUGAAUGAUAUUUUGACGGAUUAUAAGACUUUCUAUUUAACUCAUUCAAAUAUCGUCACGUAUGAAUCCUCCAUUAUAGAUUCAAAUACAUUUGACCCUAUCUUGUACCCUGAGCUGAAAAUGUCGAAUCCAAAAUACGAUCCAGUAUUAAAUACUACAGCAAAUGUAGAUUGGCAUAAAAAGACGGAAUGGAAGGAGGCUGGUCACAUCGGCAUAACGACAGAAAGACCGCAGAUAUCCAACAGUAUAAUUGAGUGCAAUUCAGGAACUUUGAUUCAAAAGCCCAUCAGUUUGCCUAAUUUUAGAAACUUGGAGAAAAUUAAUCAGGUCAAGAUUAAUGAUCUAUACACUGAAGAAUUUCUUAAGGAAGGUAAAUGA